AGCUGCAAGUUGGGCUGCAGGGGCAGCGCAUACACUACAAUGGCUGCUGGAAAGAGGCGUAAGGAAACAAUUUCCAGGCCCGCCGCGUCCAGCCCGAAAUAUGAGAAAAAAAUUAUUAGAAAUUCCGCGGGCGGUGUAAAGGCGGCGGACGGGCCGGAGGGAGGAUGUUAAAGCCCCGCGAUUGGCCAAAAUGGGAAGGAUUGGAUUCUACUCUCUUCCAUGAAGAGUAAAUGGGACAGGCUAAGAUCAAAGUCUGAGGCUUUUACCAUCUGUAAUCAGUCCCUUUUUGCUUUCUUUUACGACCACAUGAAACUUGAGAAGCCACCUAAACCUAUAUCAUUUAGUGGAGUUGGGCAGUUCCCAGUGUCCAACAAGAAGGCCUGGUUUAGGCUGCGAUGGCCACUGUCAUUCCUGGUGAUUUGUCAGAAGUAAGAGAUACCCAGAAAGUCCCUUCAGGGAAACGUAAGCGUGGUGAAACCAAACCAAGAAAAAACUUUCCUUGCCAACUGUGUGACAAGGCCUUUAACAGUGUUGAGAAAUUAAAGGUUCACUCCUACUCUCACACAGGAGAGAGGCCCUACAAGUGCACACAACAGGACUGCACCAAGGCCUUUGUUUCUAAGUACAAAUUACAAAGGCACAUGGCUACCCACUCUCCUGAGAAAAGCCACAAGUGUAAUUAUUGUGAGAAAAUGUUUCACCGGAAAGAUCAUUUAAAGAAUCACCUUCAUACCCAUGACCCCAACAAAGAGACAUUCAAGUGUGAAGAAUGUGGCAAGAACUAUAAUACCAAGCUUGGGUUUAAACGGCACUUGGCCUUGCAUGCCGCAACCAGCGGUGACCUUACCUGCAAGGUAUGUUUGCAGACUUUCGAAAGCACAGGAGUGCUUUUGGAGCACCUUAAAUCUCAUGCAGGCAAGUCAUCCGGGGGGGUGAAAGAAAAAAAGCACCAGUGCGAGCAUUGUGAUCGCAGGUUCUACACCCGGAAGGAUGUCCGGAGACACAUGGUAGUGCACACAGGAAGAAAGGACUUCCUCUGUCAGUACUGUGCACAGAGAUUUGGAAGAAAGGAUCACCUGACUCGACAUAUGAAGAAGAGUCACAAUCAAGAGCUUCUGAAAGUCAAAACCGAACCAGUAGAUUUCCUGGAUCCAUUUACCUGUAAUGUGUCUGUGCCUAUAAAAGAUGAGCUCCUUCCAGUCAUGUCCUUACCCUCCAGUGAACUGUUAUCAAAGCCAUUCACAAACACUUUGCAGCUAAACCUCUAUAACACUCCAUUUCAGUCCAUGCAGAGCUCGGGAUCUGCCCACCAAAUGAUCACAACUUUACCUUUGGGAAUGACAUGCCCAAUAGAUAUGGAUACUGUUCACCCUUCCCACCACCUUUCUUUCAAAUAUCCAUUCAGUUCUACCUCAUAUGCAAUUUCUAUUCCUGAAAAAGAUCAGCCAUUAAAGGGGGAAAUUGAGAGUUACCUGAUGGAGUUACAAGGAGGCAUGCCCUCUUCAUCCCAGGAUUCUCAAGCAUCAUCAUCUAAGCUAGGGUUGGACCCACAGAGUGGGUCCCUAGAUGAUGGUGCAGGAGACCUUUCCCUGUCGAAAAGUUCUAUCUCUAUCAGUGACCCCCUCAACACACCAGCGUUGGAUUUUUCUCAGUUGUUUAAUUUCAUACCAUUAAAUGGUCCACCCUAUAACCCCAUAUCAGUGGGCAGCCUUGGAAUGAGCUAUUCCCAGGAUGAAGCACAUUCUUCUGUUUCCCAGAUCCCCUCACAAUCACAGGAUCUUCAGGAUCCUGCAAACGCUAUAGGUCUUGGGUCUUUGCACUCACUUUCAGCUGCCUUCACCAGUAGCCUAAGCACAAGUACCACCCUGCCACGUUUCCAUCAGGCUUUUCAGUAGGAUUCUGGGACGUGGACUUAGUACAAAAAUGUAUGUAUAGUCCUGCCUUAGGUGACCAUUUUACUUGUAGUGCCUCCUUUAAGACAAUAUGAAAUUUUCUGCUAUUGUAUAAUACCAGGUUUCAUUAAGCCAGUAUAAAAUAGAAACUAGCUUCUUCAAUGAGUUUUAGAACCAUUCAUGUACAGUUAUGUUUACCUGGGUAUUUUAUCCUGAUUCACUGCCAGUUGCCAGAGUCUAAAAGCUUUUUU